AUGCCUUCCCUCCGCGUUGUUGCUGCCGCCUGGCUGGCAAUUGACCUUGUCGGUUCUGCCCUGGGCCAGGAGUUCCGCCCAAACCAGUACAUCAUCGAGUAUGCGUCUGCCGACUCUUUGACGACGCGCGACAGCCUGGCCAGCAAGGGCGGCAUCCAGGUCCGCAAGGAGUUCAGUAGUAACAUCUUCAAUGGUGCCAGUAUCGAGACGGAUACCUUUGACGUCGACAGCCUGAUCGCCCUGCCUGAGGUGGCCAACGUGUGGCGCAACAACAUCUACAAGCUCGAGCCCGGCCAGUCCCAGAUUGCUGAGACCAAGCCAACCGACUACAUCGUGCAUAACACCACUGGUGUUGCCAAGCUGCAUGAUGCCGGAAUCCUCGGUGAAGGCGCUGUGGUCGGUGUUGUCGACACCGGUGCUUGGUAUGAGCACCCAGCUCUGGGUGGUUGCAUUGGCCCCGACUGCAAAGUCCUCGGCGGCUAUGAUCUUGUAGGCGACGUGCCCUGGCACCCAGGUCUGACCAAGGCGCCCGACUCCGACCCCAAGGACAACCAGGGCCACGGCACUCACGUGGCAGGCAUUGUCGCUGGCGAGAACGACUACUGGAGCGGUGUCGCACCUAAGGCUAAGCUUCGCGCCUACAAGGUCUUCUCGGCCGCCGACAGCCCGGAGUCAGACGAUGAGACCGUGAUUGAAGCCUUCCUCAUGGCCGCUGCUGACGGCUGUGACAUCAUCACUUGCAGCAUCGGCAACUUCAACGGAUGGCCUCAGAACGCAUGGGCCGUCGUGGCAGACAGACUCGUCGGCGAUGGUAUCUUCGUCUCCGUGUCUGCUGGAAACGAGGGUGAUGCUGGUCCUUACUUCGGCAGCACCGGUUCAUCUGGAAAGGAUGUCCUCGCCGUCGCGUCCAUCUCGGCUGAGAAGCUUCCCGCCAAGUCCUGGCAGGCCAAGUACAGCUCAAGCAACGGCACCGGCUCUACUGUCACGGAGCCUUACCUCCCCGCCACCAAUCUCUUCCCUACCGCUGUUAAUGGCUGGGAGAUUCGCCCUAUGAACCUGGACACCUCGGUCCCCGAUGACGCCUGUACGCCGUAUCCCUCCGACACACCCAAGCUUGACAAUGUCAUCCCUCUUGUGAGGCGUGGUACCUGCACGUUCGUGACCAAGGUUCAGAACCUGGCUGCUAUCGGCGCCAAGUACGUUCUGUUCUACAACAACGCUGGCACCAUCACUACACCGGCAAGCAUCCAGGGCGUUCUCGCCGCCAUGCUCACGGCCGAAACCGGCGCAAAGAUCAUUGAGACUGUCAAGGCCGGUGGAAAUGUCACGGGUGACUUCUCAUCCGACUCAGAGAUUCCAGCCUUUGUCGAUUGGCCCGCCGCUGGUAAGGCCAGCGACUUCACUACCUGGGGAGCCCUCAAUGAUUUGACUGUUAAGCCUGAUGUCGGUGCCCCCGGAGGUCAGAUAUAUUCUACCUAUCUGGAGAAUGGGUACGCCGUUCUUUCCGGUACAUCUAUGGCUUGCCCCUAUGUUGCUGGUGUUGCUGCCCUGUGGGUUGGCAAGAAUGGAGGUCGCAAGGCACAUGGCAAGGAGUGGGCUCGCGCCCUGGGCCGCCGCAUCAUCAGCAGUGGCCAGCCAAUCCCUUGGUACCAUGCCAGCGUUGAGCAUCCUGAAUUCAUCGCUCCUGUCGAGCAGGUUGGUACAGGUCUCAUUGAUGGCUGGAAGGUUCUCAACUACGACACGCAGCUCGACUUCAAGACCAUCGGCCUUAACGACACACAUUACUUCAGCCGUUACCACGACAUCACUCUUACCAACAACGGCAAGGAGAACAUUGACUAUACCUUCAGCCACGCCCCCGCCGCCGGCAUUGAGACGUGGACCUGCCCCGAUAACGACUGCCGAGUCAAGACCUGGGCCGAGCUUGAGGCCAUCAAGCUUGAGGCUGAUGUCAGCCUUCCCAAGGGUUUCACGCUCAAGCCUGGCGAGAGCAAGAAGGUCUCGGUCAACUUCGAGAACCCCGACAAGAAGGGCUGGAAUGCUGCCGCCCUGCCCGCGUACAGUGGCAACAUCCGCAUCAAGGGAAGCACUGGCGAGGAACUGUCCGUGCCAUACUUCGGACUCGCUGCUAACCUCAAGUCCGUCGUGUCGCCCAUUUUCCGUGCCGGCUACCCGACUGCUGUCUCCGGGCCAGAGAACACGCCCAUUGAGCAACACUCGAACUUUACUUUCGACUACAGCGACGCUGUACUUGACUUCCCACGCAUUGUGGCCCGACUCAAGUGGGGAUCUGCCCAGAUUCGGUGGGAUAUCUUCGAGUCUGACUGGACCGAGCGCAAGUGGUCGUGGCCCCUGACACCCGGCAAGAACGGCUACGUCGGUUCCGUACACGGCAUCGACAAGUCGACCGGGUCUGUCGACUACCCCAACAUCACCGUCACCUUCCCCGUCCAAUGGGUCAACCGUAACGCGGACACCAGCGACAACCAGCUCAACCACGAGUACUGGUGGCCAGAGGGCAAGCUCGGCGACGGCACCAAGAUCAAGCCGGGUAACUACAUUAUGCGUUUUGCUGCGCUCAACCCAUUCGGCGUCCCCACCAAUGGCGAUAACUGGAGCGUGUUCAAGACACCCAAGAUCCAGGUGGUUUAG